AUGACAGGCACUAAUUGUGAUAAAAAAUAUAAGAGCGAAAUACUGAUUUCACAUAUAGAUCCUGCAAUGGAUGAGAACCACGAGCUUACGUUGGAAGAUGUCACUCCAAAACUAACAAAAUGGUGGUUUCAAUAUCCUCACCUAUUGAAGUUAAACAUUUACUUAGGUUGUGCUGUGUUUGGUAUGAUUACCGUAGGUUAUGAUGGAAGUAUGAUGAGUAACUUACAAACUUUACCAAGUUGGGAAGGUUAUUUUAACCACCCUUCAGGUGGUAUAUUAGGUACCUUAAGUAAUGGUACUACUAUUGGUAGUUUAUGUGUUACGCCUUUUAUUGUUCUUGUUGGUGAUCGUAUAGGAAGAAGACAUAUGCUUAUGAUUGGAAUUAUUUUGACAAUUAUUGGGGCAGCAAUACAAGCUGGCGCUGUAAAUUUUGGAAUGUUUCUUGCGUCUCGUAUUAUAAUAGGUCUUGGUUCUGGUGCAACUGGAAUUGCGUCUGCCCCUAUAUUAGCGGAAUGUGCUUUCCCAUCCCAAAGACCAGCGAUGACAAGUAUGCUUCAAGCAAGUUUUCCAACAGGGGCAUUUUUAGCAGCUCUAUUUACUUGGGGUCCAUACAUGUCAGACAUGAAAUAUAAUAACUGGUCGUGGAGGCUACCUUCAUUAUUGCAAGCAGUAUUCCCGAUAAUUCAAUUGAUUUUGACCUUUCUUUGUCCAGAGUCACCAAGAUGGCUUAUAGCACAUGGUAAAGAAGACCAAGCAUACGAAGUCUUGACUAAGUAUCAUGCUGGCGGUGAUAGAGAUAGUAGAUUGGUGAAGUUCGAAAUGGCAGAAAUAAAAGCGGCAAUUGCUAAAGAACUGAUUGGUAAGAAGUUUUCGUGGGGUGUAUGGUUCUCAUCUAAAGCAUACUUACAUAGGUUAUUUCUUACCUUUGCAAUGGCAACAAUAUUACAAAUGUGUGGUUCCUCACUUCUUUCUUACUACUUUUCGAUUGUUCUUGAAGCCAUUGGGUAUACUGAGCCUGUCCAAAAAUUGAAAAUUAACAUUGGUUUGACUGUUUACGGUGGGGUUUGGGGAAUUGUUUUUGCCACAUAUGCUGGAAGGAUGAAACGUAGACUUUUGAUAAUAAGCGGCCUUUUGUUAAUGUGUGCCACGUUUAUUGUUUGGAUCGUAUUGGCUUCUAUAAAUGAGAGAACAAAUUUCGAGAAUAAAUCGUUAGGGAGAGGUAUUGUCGCCAUAAUCUAUUUAUUUUAUGGAUUUUACCAUGCGAUAUCUCCAAUUGGUUUUACAUACAUGACGGAAGUUGUACCUUAUACCAUGAGAAGUAAGGCCUCAUUGAUAUACAGUUUGACGAGUCAGGGAUGGGUUUUAUAUAACAAUUAUGUCAACAACAUUGCAAUGGAUGCUAUUUCAUGGAAGUAUUAUAUUGUUUUUUGUGUGUGGGUAUUUAUUCAAGCUUGCGUAGUUUAUUUCUUCUUUCCAGAAACACAAGGAUUGGGAUUAGAAGAAGUGGCACAGAUUUUUGGUGAAGAUAUUACUGAUAUAAAGAUGGCAGGUGAUAAUGCUGUUUUAAAUAAUGAAGUGAACACCGUGUAUGAAGAUUCUCCACGAAUGUCACUCACUGAAAAGAAGAAUAGCUCUGUUUAG